GCACCGGGACAGCAGUAACUAUAGCAACAUCGCAUCGCCUAAAGCAGAGCGCGAGCCGGCACCGGGACAGCAGUAACUAUAGCAACUGCGCAUCGCCUAAAGCAGAGCGCGAGCCCAGCACUGACAGACGGUGUGGCAAAGAAUGUGUGUUAUUAACAUGAAGGGAAUGGAACGCUUUAUUGUAACGAUAAGUUUAUUAACCCUACUACUUUGGAGAGGAGGCUGCCAAUCAGACUGUGGUAAAUGGCAAUAUACAGAUGAAGAUGGGCACUGUGUGCCCUGUUUAGAAUGCCCUCCGGGAGAGGAGCCAGAUGGGGUGUGCGGUUUCGGAACUGGUGCUGGUGUUACCUGUCAGAAGUGCGGCCCUGGAAAGUUCUCCAGCCAUUCUGGAAUAUCAUUCUGUAACCCACACACUCUGUGCGAAAAGCGUAAGAGGGUUCAGCUGAAGGCUGGGACUCCCACAUCAGACGCACAGUGCGGAGACUGCCUGCCAGGGUUUUUCUCUCCAGUGGGAAAGUCCAAAAGCAUAAGCACCUGUUUCCAAUGCGCACUGGCCCCUCCAGACACAGUAGGAUGUGAAGGUUUACGGACACUCCGACCCCGACCACCACGCACCAUAGAUUCCUCCAGUACUUCUAAUAUCAAAAUGCCUUUAAACAACACACAGAAAGGAGUGAAGGAAGACUCUGGGACCGAGUAUGCUGUGCUGGCCAUUGUGCCCGUGUUUUGCAUGAUGGGGCUGAUGGGUAUCUUUCUCUGCAACCUGCUGAAGAAGAAGGGCUAUCAUUGCACGUCUCAGAAGGAACUUGACGAGGAAGAGGCCUCACCAGAGAAGAAUGGUAUUAGCCCGGCAUGCAUGUUGGAGGAGAAUGGUAAUGAAGAUACUAUUGGAGUCCUGGUGCGCCUUAUUACUGAAAAGAAAGAAAAUGCAGUUGCGUUGGAAGAGUUACUAAAAGAAUAUCAAAGCAAACCGAUGUCACCAGUCAACAAGGCCUCCCAAAAAUUGCACCUUCUCCCUCAGAUGCCCCACAUGUGCAAACACCAGAACCACGUGCACACAAUCCAGGGACAGGCCUCGCGUUCCGGCCUUUGCUGUUCUCGCUGUAGCCAAAAGAAAUGGACAGAUGUGCUGUUAUCCCCAGACUUGGCACCGGUCAGCAAUGUCACUAAAGCCUCCAGACCAGGGUGCAAGCCUGGAAGGACUGGGGAGAUCACCAUCCUCUCUGUAGGCCGAUUCCGAGUCGCCCGUAUUCCAGAACAGAAAGUUCCCCCUCCAGAGGUAAAAACCAUAUCAGACCAAAAUGUUCCUCGUGAGGAUGGCUCUGAGCAAAGGGGGCUGCUCUGUAACACUGUAAGGGCCAAGAACCGAAGCUUGGAAGACACCAGCAAGUUGGAGGAUGUUAUCUGACUCCUCCUGCAAGAAAACCUGUUUACUUACAAACGUCCACCCUUCUGGUGGGAGAGUCCUCCCGCUGGUCACCGGAGGACUCCCGAGGAAGUAGACCGUUUGCAGUCGGAGUGUGAAGCAGGCACGCUCUAUACUGGAAGACAUUCCAGGAGCCUUCAUCACAUUUUAAAGCAGAAUUCUUAGGUCUUUUUAAGAGAAUCCUAUUUUAUUCAAGGACUUUGCUGGAAUACUGCAUCUCACAUACAGACUGAAUUAAGUUGUAACGAAGUUUGGAGCACAGAGUGGUCGUUUUAUCAUCAGAGUUACUAGUUCUAAGAUUUAUGUUACAAAUAGAGCUUUAACAUGUUGAGUGCGGGAAUUGUAUUUAGAAGCACCCAGUAAGCAGCAAUUCCAACAUGUUCUACUGUGAAACCGUUGAAUUAAAAUGCUGUGAAUCUGUCGCCCCACUUGUGAUCCAACCGCACUGCGACAGAAAUCUUUGCCAUCAGAAGGAAGACUGGAAACCAUCCAUUUUAAUAUAUUGGGGAAUAAAAAGUGUUCUCCAUAAAAAAAAAAAAAAGAAAAUGCUACUGUUUAUUUUUUGGUUUUUAUUUUUCACAAAAUUGUCUUGAAAUAUGACGUAUGUUUGUUUUUAAAACAAUCGAUUUUACCACUCAUCCAUAUUGGGCACCUGAUGGUCUCAACCCGUUAACGGAGUUCUUGUAUGACAUUCUUCUCUCUUUUUGUAUUCUCAGAAAGGAAUCAAUGAAACGUGUACAUUCAUGCAUCCCAGUGACCUCUUAGGAGAUCAUAGGUACUGCUUACAUUAAUUUAUUGAGGGGAAUGAGACCAAAUGGCAGCUUGGUUAUAUUCAUGGGGAGUAUUUCUUCUCAGGGUGAAGUAUCUGAAGUACAGGCUUGGUAAAUUGACCCAGACGUGGGGUCACAUAGCUGUUGGUCCCUGGUUAGUUCUCAACCAUUUCUGUUUUAGUGAACCAGUGUAUCUUGAUGUUUUUGUAUUUUUUUUAGGUGUGUGGAAGGGUUUUCAUUCUCUGUAGCCCCGGCAUAUCUAUUAACGUACCUUAACACUAUAGUCACCAAAACAACUUUAGCUUAAUAAUGCCAUUUUGGUGUAUACACCCUUGCAGUCUUACUGUUCAAGUCUCUGCCAUUUAGGAGUUGAAUCACUUUGUUUAUACAGCUCUAAUCACACCAUCCUGCAUAUAAUGGUCAUAGGCUUCUGCAAUACUUCCUGUAAAGUGAGAUCUAAUGUUUACAGUUCCUUUAUUGCACAUUCUAUUUAAAUUAGAAUGUAUUAUCGCCUGCUCUGUUAUUAGCCUUCUAAACUCUGCAGGAGCUUCCUGUGUGUGAUUAAAGUUCCAAUUUACAGAAAAGAAGAUAAACACUUCUAAAGCAAGUUACCAUCUGAUUGAAAAUGAAACCAUUUUGUUCUCAUACAGGCUGUGUGAGUAACAGCCAGGACAGGUGAGACUAGGGCUGCAUAAACAGAAAUAAAGUGAUUUAACUCCUAAAUUGGCAGAGAAUUGUGCAGUGAGACCGCAGGGGCCUGAUCUAUACACCAAAACUGCUUCAUUAACCCGAUGCUCUUUAGGUGUCUAUAAUGUCCUGUUAAGAAGUCUCCUUUUUACAACUCUGUAACCCGAACACAAUGGGAGAUCUGCAGUUGUCCAGUUUUGGAUGGAGCAAAUAAACUGUCACAUGCUGGUAUAGUUACCAAGAGGUCCGUCCAAGAGAUUAAAGAACAGAUGAGAUAUCAGAGCUAGCUACACAGAAGCCAUGUUCGGGGGGCUUCUAAUCUGGUGUCUUGGAUGACCUUGUCGGCAAGUAAUGUGUUCCCAGCUCAGGGCCAGAACUUCAUGUUCAGCAUUCGGAGUGAGAGAAAAAUGUACAGUGUGCUUUGUAAAUGUCCUUAGAUGCCCCUUGUUGGUUUUCAAAUGCAAAGAAGUUGUCUAUAACCUGGGGAUAGGUAGAUGAACUCUGCCAGUCAACUUGUUGGGUAGAAGUGCAUCAUGGGAUAUGUAGUUCCCCUCUUCUGGAUUAACAAUAUUUCCCAUCAGCACUGUAACCUUAUUAAGAGAUUUUAAUGAAAAACUAAAAAUCCUCCCUCCCCGUAAUUGUAAUGUCUGGAUCCUCCGCUGACCUGCACACUCCAUACAAUUAAAUAAAGAAGGACCCUCUUUAGACAAUACUGGGACAUUGCACUCCAGGGGUGCACAGCCUACUGUAUUCCAGAGGGACCCGAAUGUGUCUUAGUAAUCACUUGUCAGCCAUGUGCAGUGUUUGUUUGACAGUUUGUAACAUCCAUAAAAUCCCUAAGAAGCGAUCAGGGACGUUUUGACGUUGUCUACAGUUUAUUUAAUCCCAUUUCAAACAAAAAAUUUCAGAUAUUGUCAUAUCACUUCCCCUGCAAAGGAUACAUGUCUAUUGAACUGACCUGGCCUUUCCAUUAACAUUUCCUAACUGUGACCCAGAAACUGCCAUUAAUUACCAUGAUCUCCUCAAAAGGUCACAAUACUUCUGCAUUUGAUUUAUUUAUUUAUUGUUAGACCUGGCAUAAACAAUACUCGUCCUAGUUUCUUAAUCGUAGUUCCCUGUCCAUCCUCCAGUUCUGUACGGGUAGAACGUGUGAGCGAGCAGCGAGGGAAUGUGAAGGAAACAUUUUACAGACCGUUUUAAUCUCUCUUAUUUAUUUGUCAGUGCUGUAAAACCUUCUUUUACUUUACUGAACCCAUUUAUUUGAGUUUGCUUUAUGGAACGGUGAGCUGUGCGUUUCGCUCUAGUAUUUAACCCUCUCGAGCAAUCACAGGGUUAACGGAGACAUAAUGCCUUUAGUCUCCAGAUCUUACUUGAACCAUUUCUGUUUUUAUUUUAAUGUUUGUCUUUGACUAUUCAGUGUUGUUACCAUGGAGCUUUGUAUAGAAAAUAACAGAUAUAAUGACAUUUUCUCAGAUUGUAGCGACUAAACCCAAGGCCAGACACGGCUGGGAAUACAAUGUGUACCUAUUGGUCAUUAAAAGAGUUGCAUUCAUUUUAAAGUGGGAAUAACGG